GUGUGCCUCUACUCCACCUGCACUGAAUCUGAACCUUGAAGCUGAAUCGGCCUGCACUGGAGCUGAAUCUGAAGUUUGACUAUUGCUAAAACAAUUCAGUUGAGCUUGGAAAAAUGGAAGGAAUACGCACAGAUGCACCCACUUAUCUCGCCUGGUCCAUCUUCAACACUUUUUGUUGCUGUUUACCACUUGGAAUUGCAGCUAUCGUUUACUCCUGCAGAGCAGACACUGCUAAUGUACUGAGGGAUACUAAAAGAGCCCAUGAAUCCUCCAGAAUCGCCAAGAACCUGAAUAUUGCAUCGGUGGUGAUUGGGAUCAUUUUUACCAUUCUUUCAAUUGUGUUGUUGAUUGUGUUUCAGAGUCAGUAAACCUAAGCAACAUAACUUCUAUGCUUGGGGCAGCAUUUUCUUUUUCUUUUCUUUUUUUGUGUGUAAUUGCUAUUCAAACAACACUUCAACAACAGUUCAAUACUUCUCAACUCCAGGGAUAAUGAGGACCAGCUGUGGCUCCAAGAUCAAGCACGCAAUCAUAGCCAUGCAAAUGUUGCUUUGAUUUAUAGUGUUUUUCCAUAUUCAGAAAACUGGAGAUCUACAAAAAUGUCAAUUUUAGAGAUUUGUUUAUAAAGUAAUUUGCACAAUUUGAAGGUACCAACUUUGAAACUUUUCAUUAAAAAAAAACUCUUUUAUUGUU